AUGAAAAAUUGUAAAAUGAAAGAUGUGUAAGAAUUAAUUAUUGGUUUUAAUAUGAUACAAUUAAAGUAGAAAAUAGGAGAUGGCUUUUCAAGCAAUCUAUAUUUAUGUGAUUAUGAAGGCAAAUAGUGCGUAAUAAAGAUUUACAAACUAAAUUUUUCAGAUAAAUUGAGACAGAAGGAAAUUUAAAUAUUAAAAAGUCUAGAUCAUCCACGCAUCUUAAAGAUUAUUAAUCAUCAUCCUCAUUACAACUAUUUUAUCUGUCAAUAAUUGAAGAUUGAUUUAUUUACAAUCAUCAAGAAUGGAAUUCAAUUAGAAAUCAGAACAGUGAAGCAAAUUCUAUUAGAGUUAAGCGAAACUAUCUAAUAUCUACACAAACUUGAUUAUGUUCAUCGAGAUAUAAAAUUAGAAAAUGUCAUGCUUGACAACCACUUUCGAAUCAUCCUAAUAGAUUUUGGUUUUGCUGAUAUUGUAGAUAAUAAAAAAAAGUAUAUCAGAAAUUGUGGAACACAGAAUUAUAUGUCACCAGAAUUAUGGAUUUAGGAAAAAUAUAUACAAUCAAAUUUGUUGAAAAAAUGUGACAUUUUUGCUCUGGCUGUUCUAAUAUUUAUUCUAUAUUAUGGAUUCCCUCCAUUUUCUGAUAUCUCUUUAAAAUGCCCUUAUUGGAAGAUUAUUUCUGAAAAAAAAUGGAAUAACUUUUGGAAAUUAGCCAAUAGAAAUAAUAAAUAAAAUGACAUCUUAUUUUAAGAUUUAUUUGAAAAAAUGAUAUCACCUGAUCCAGAAAAUAGAUACACAAUUGAAUAAGUACUCAAUCAUCCUUGGAUUGAUGGAAACCACGAUCUAAGUUAAUUAAUAAAUAUUAUUUGA